UCAAUCGCGAGCGUCGAACGUUUUUCCGGAGGAAAAUAAUCAAUACCCAAAGAAAAAAAUGAAUAAGCUGCUGAUUUUGGCCUUGUGUCUGGGUGUGGUCUGUGCAGAUUUCCAGAAUAGACAAAAAAGGAACGAUUUCCAUGCUCGCCACUAUACAAGUCAUAACCAGGCUGUGGAGCAGGCCCGCAAGAAUGCCUACGGUUCGGGUGGCGGCUAUGCUGGAGGAGUCUCUGGCCAGGUCGAUGGCUCCGCUAGCUUGGGUAAACUGGAGAGCUCCUACGAUUCCGUAGGCGUGACGGAGUCGGUCGAGGGUGCCGGAAUUGGCGGCGCUGAGGUGGGCGGUGGUGCUGGAUUCACCGGCUCCUCCAGUGGCCAAAACUCUGGCUCCUUUGGUACCCAGAAUUCUGCCUCUUUUGGCGGCCAGAACACUGCCGGCUUUGGUGCCCAUAAUUCGGCCUCCUUCGCUUCCAACAAUGCCGCCUCCUUUGGUAGCCAAUUCUCCAGCAACGCCGCCUUUACGUCCAGCUCCAACCAAGCCUCCACUUUUGGCCACAGUUUGGGCUCCAACGUGGAGUUCGCCGAUAACUCCAAUGCCGGCACCAAGGUCAACUUCGGUGGCGCCAACUCGAACUCUGUGGACGCCGAAUUCGUUGGGGGUGCCGUCCAGUCCGUCCACUCCAUUCCCGCCGCCCAGGGCAAUGUGGAGUACUACCGCGAGGAGAAGGUGAGCUCCGCCGCCCCCGUGACCUAUACCGUCCCCGCCUCCUCGGAGAAGUACAUUCGCCACGAGGAGCGUACCGUCCAGCAGCAGCCCACGGUCCAGGUUUACCAGGCUCCCGCACAGACCGCCCACUACUACCAGCGUAGGGUGACCACCACCGCCUCCGCUCCCCAGGUGGUGCAGCCCUCUGCCCGCCUUACCUACGGCACCAGCUCCAACCUGGCCUCAAACUUUGGCAGCAACUCGGCCUUCUCCUCGCAGCUCGGCAGCUCCUUCGGUCAGAACUUGGCCUCCAACAGCGGACUCUUUGCGGGACAGAACAGCGCUUUGACCGCUGGUCAGAGCAGUGGAUUCAACAGCGGAUUCAACAGCGGAUUCAGCAGCCAACUAAAUGCGGGACACACCGGCUUCAGCUCGCAGAGCAACUCCCAACUGUCGCAGCUGGUCAACCAGGUUCAACAGACCGCUCGUCAGCAGGCUGGCUCCAGCUCCGUCUCCGGCAACCAGGUUCAGGCCGGUGGCUACCAGGGCACCCAGAGUGGUUUCAACGCGGGCACUCAGAGUGGUUUCAACACGGGCUUCGGCUUCAACUCAGCCAGCUCCCUGAACUCGGCCAGCUCCCUGAACUCGGCCAGCUCCCUGAAUGCCGGAAACAGUGCUUCCCUGCUCAGUGGCAGCCAGGGAUCUCUGUUCGGAGGACAGUCCCUGCUCAACAGCGGAGUAUUUGGCCAGCACGGCAGCCAGCUGGGACAGAACAGUGGCCUGCAGGCAGGCUUUGGAGCUGGACUUGGAGCCGGACAAUCAGGCAGCAACUACCAGACCAAGCAGUGGGAGAAGCAGUCCAAGUGGUCCUCCCAGUCGGAGUUCGACUCCAAUGGUCAGGUGAAGAACUAUAGGGAUCUGGCCACCGGUGAGAGCGAGAAGGUCAACAUCAAUGGCAAGGAGGCCGGCUACCAUGCAGCCACUGCCACUGUCGAUGACAACGGAAAGAUUGGCACCCACAGUGUCCACUCCUAAGAGGUGUAGCUCUCAAAACCUUAUCUAAAUCCAAUUUUAGAAGCCUUUCGUGUUCUUAGAGAAUGAGUCAUAAUCUGAAUGUUAUUGUGAGAUAAUGUGAAAAUAAAAAAUAUAAACAAAGUGUGUAAGACUCAA